UCACAGACUGCCUUCCAGGAAACCCCACACUCUAGGUCUCUACUUGUACGCGUGCCCCAAAGUUGUGCGAGAGUCCCGCCUGCUGUGUAUUCCCGUUGCGUCUCUGACAUGGAGGCUUUUUUCACUGUAUUUCAAUGUCAGCGUGAGGGAAGGAGUUACUUGUGUUUACAGCUCAUGCAUGGACCGUGCUGGGUUAGACACGUCAUCUCUGGGAAACUCUGGAGCAGAGGUGCUGGGUGAGGACAUUCAGUUCCUGCCGAUCCAUCUACCUGAUUGUGCCAGAGACCACAGAGAGACCUUGCAAAAGAUCUGAACAGGGGUCAAACACAAGACUAGACCCUUUAUAUAGUAGGAAGCAAAUACUGGAUGUCCUUUUGUGGGUUAUCAUCUUACAUAUGGAAAGAGGUUUCCGUUUGCUUGUGGAAUAUUGGUUUCACUGUGGAAAGAUGUGCUGCAUCUGUUUACCUUGUCUGCGGGAAAUGCUGUCCUUCUCAGAUGUGGCCAUCGAGUUCUCUCCAGAAGAGAGGGAGUGUCUGGACCCUGCUCAGUGGAAUCUGUACAGGGAUGUGAUGCUGGAGAAUUACAGCCACCUUGAAUUCCUGGGAAAAAUACCUGAAGAUUUUAGCAUUUUCUCCAAGACCAUUGAUUAUAACUCACUAUACAUUCAAUGCCGGAGAAUUCAUACAAGGGAGAAACCUUACAAGUGUGAAGAAUGUGGUAAGGGCCUUAGUUCUUCUAAAGCACUUUCCAUACACCAGAGACUUCACACUGGAGAAAAACCCUACACGUGUAAAGAAUGUCACAAGGCCUUCAAUACUCGCUCAUCACUUUUUAUACACCAGAAAGAUCAUACUGAUGAAAACACCUACAAGUGUGAAAAAUGUGGCAGAUCAUUUUACUAUCCUUCAAUGCUAAAGCAACAUCAAAGGAUUCAUUCUAGAGAGAAAUCCUACAAAUGCAAAGCUUGUGGCAGUUGUUUCUUCUCGUUUUCAUGCCUUCGACAACAUCAAAGGAAACAUACUAGAAAGAAAUCAUACAAGUGUAAGAGGUGUGGCAAAUGUUUUUGCUUCAUUUCAUCCCUUUGGCAACAUCAAAAAAUUUACUGUAAAGACAAUCCCUACAAGUGUGUGGACUGUGGCAGAAGCUUUAAGUUUUCUUUAUCCCUUAGACGACAUCAAACAAUUCAUUCAGCACACAGUCCUUAUACCUGUGUACACGUGGCAAAUGGUUUCCAUGUUCUAGGGCUCUUCGGGAUCAUCAAACAGUUCAUACUGGAGAAAAACCCUUCAAGUGUGACGAAUGUCACAAAGCCUUUCAUUAUCACUCAUCCCUUAAGACACACAAGAAAGUUCAUAUGGAAGAGAAACCCUACAAGUGUGAGGAGUGUGACAAAGCCUUUCAUUAUCACUCAUCCCUUUGGAGACACAAGAAAGUUCAUAAUGGAAAGACAUCCUAUAAGUGUAAGAAGUGUGACAGAUGUUUUAACUCAUCUGUAUCCCUUAGACAACAUCAAAAAAUCCAUUCUGAAGACAAUUGUCAUACCUGUGUACACUGCAGCAAAAGGAUUUCAAAGUCUAGGGAUCUUCGGGUUCACCAAAGAAUUCAUACUGGAGAGAAACCAUACAAUUGUGAAGAAUGUCACAAAGCCUUUCCUUAUCUCAAUUCUCUUAGGAGACACAGGAAACUUCAUACUGGAGAGAAACCCUACACGUGUGAAGAAUGUAACAAAACCUUUCAUUGUAAUUCAUCCCUUAGAAAUCAUAAGAGAGUUCAUACUGGAGAGAAACCCUACAAGUGUGAAGAAUGUGACAAAACCUUUCAUCUUAACUCAUCUCUAAGUAGACACAAGAGACUUCAUACUGGAGAGAAAACCUACAAGUGUGAAGAAUGUCACAAAACCUUUCAUCAUAACUCAUCUCUUAGUAGACACAAGAGACUUCAUACUGGAGAGAAACCCUACAAAGGUGCAAACU